AUGGCCCUCUCGUCGCUGGUCUUCUACAUUCUCGCGGCGCGAGCUCCGCUGUCCAAACGCGUCUUCCACAGCCUGGUCUCCAUCGCCACCACCGUCUCCUUCAUCGUCUAUCUCGCCCUCGCUACCGGCCAGGGCAUCACUUGGAAGCAUGACCUCAUCCGCGAACACCACAAGCACGUCCCCAACGUUACGGACGAGUACUACCGCCAGGUGUUCUGGUUGCGCUACCUCAACUGGUUCUUGACAGAGCCGCUCAUCCUCGCUAACCUGGCCCUGCUCUCUGGCCUGCCCGGUGCGCAUCUGCUUUCCGCUGUGGUCGCAGACUACGUCAUGCUCGGCUCGGGCUUGUUGGGCACGUUUGCCGGCCACACGGCUCGUCGCUGGGCGUGGUUCGCCAUCAGUGCAAUUGGUUAUUUGACUACGGUGUAUCACAUUGGUAUCAAUGGAUCGCGCGCCGCGGUCAAUAAAGACGUGCAGAUUAAGCGGUUCUUUGGCACGAUCUCGGCGGUGACCUUGUUUGUCAAGGCUCUUUAUCCUGUGGCGAUUGCGGCAGGACCUCUUGCGCUGAAGAUGAACGUCAACGCGGAGACCGUCAUCUUUGCCAUUUACGACAUCUUUACCCAGGGUAUCAUCGGAUACUGGCUACUUAUCGCACAUGACAGCUCCCCUGGACUCACCCUGUCGGUGGACGGAUUCUGGUCCAGCGGAAUCGGUAAUGAAGGAAGCAUUCGCAUUGAAGAGGAGGGCGCUUAA